UCAACUCGAUAUCAUACUAAUGAAACUACGCGAGACAUUGAGAAAAUUUAUUUUGGAACAGGCGAUGGAUUUGAUGAUGCCACCAGGACUAAGCAUUUUAUAAGUAGUGCUUUACGCAUGGAAGCUUCGCCGUCACGCUUUGCUGUGAUCGGGGGAAAGGGUGGCCAGCGUGACGCAAAUGCCGUAAACAACAUAAUCUUCAAGAUUUUACGAUUUCGAAACGCAGAACUGAUUCUAAUGGGUAAUCUCGUGUCUAUUGUGAAAUAGUUGGAUAUAACCUCAAACAGAAAUGGUGAAGAUAUAUUUUUAUUUUGUUCGUUUGGUGUUAUUACUGACGCUAUUUUCAGUCUGUUGGUGUUCUGUAAAUCGAUUUUCUUCUGUCAAAGGUUAUAAGAAAUUAGGGAGUUCGGAAAUAAGGAAAAAGUGCAAAAUGUUCGUGGAUAGAAAACUGCGCCAGGCCUGUCGAUAUAUUUCAUUAAGUCCGCAUUUCAAGAGUGAGUUAAUUGAGUCAUAUGAUCAUGAUCCGGUAUUGCCAAUGGAAAGCGAAGAUGAAAUUGAAAAACCUAGAAUACAAAAUAUUCACAACCCCAUAACUGGAGUGUUAAGUGAGGAUACCGAUAUAAAGAAUGUGGAAAGACCGUGUGACUAUAAUGGAAAUGACAUAGUGGAAAUCGAAUACGAAAUCGAAUAUCCCGCAAUACAAAAUCUUCGCGUCCGCGAAUCUGAAGUUUUGUCAGAGAAUACGAAUCUUAGUGAUGAAAAUGAACAAACAAAUCUUUUGUAUGAUAGGAUAACUGGAAAAGGGCGAAACGAUCUACGCAUUGAAAGGCCAGAAGAAAAUUCUUGGCAUUAUAAUUCGAUUCAACCAGGUAGGGACGACGGUUCGCGAGGAAUGUUGGUAGUUUCUGAAACACCACCGCCGACUACAAUCACGAUGAUAGAGAAGAUUCCUGCUAGAAUAGAGAAUCUAGAAGCGAUUUUUCCCGGAAUACCCGUGAAAUUGGGCAAACCUGCAGGAAGACCAACGUGUGAACCGAGUUUAUUGGGAAAAGAGAAACAUCAAAUGAGCAUUUCUCCUUGGGAUUACUACGUCGACUAUGACCCACUCAGAUUCCCGGAAAAGAUUUUGUUUGCCCGAUGUCUCUGCCAAGGAUGCAUUAAUAUUGCUACCGGUAACGAAGAUUUUAGCUUAGCAUCUGAACUAUUGACAACGGAAGAAUCAGUGAUAAUGAGAAAAUCUGCAUCGAUAACGUUCUCGAGUUGUGAUUCUAAGACAGGAGAUUGCGAGCUGAAAGUCAUUGAGAUUCCUAUCGGGUGUCAUUGUAGAAGGUUUUCAUUCGAAUAGACCACGAUGACUUGACAAUCUCAGUAAAGCCUAAUGAAUAACAGUAGCCUACUUCACGGUCUUGUAUUUUCAAUAAACUCAUAUACAAAGUUUAGAGCAGUCAAUUCGAAACUGUUCUACGACAAGCUCAUAAUAAAUGCAUUCAAGUCUAUAAAAUGGAUAGGUGUCCGAAGACUAGUAUCACGCUUUAAUGUUUGUGGCAUAAUUUACAUAAGAUUUGUGUAAUAUUAGGAUUAAGUUCCACUUGCUAAAGACUAGAUACCCAUUCAAUUGAAGUAUUCAACCAAAUUCACUUUUUUUAUUAUUCGAAGCAAGGCUCGAUUACCGGUAGAAAAGUUGAAAGCAAUCACUGUCACACAAUGGGUUUUGGAUAUGACCCUGUGACCAAUAUGCGGAUACCAAAACAUCGGAUACCGGUUGGCCCGAGACUCGACAAAAUUCACCUGAACGAUGACUGUGAUGCAUUUGUAGAAUGAAAAGGUGUAAUGAGAUUGUUGUAUUCUGCAUCCUACAUUUCGUUGAGAAAGGUCUUAUCGUGCAUUCUGUUUUUUUUAUUAUCGUAUAUAUAAUUUGAAUAUCUAAAUAUGAUCAACACUGGUACAAAGAUGCAAGUUUGUUGGAUAGUAUUCGUCAUGAUAUACCAGAAGCAAACAACAUAAUAUACAAACAAAUAUUAACUUUGCAGUCCGUUGAAUACACGAAUUUGUGAAAAUGUCCAUAGCAUCUAUAUCUUAUGUAUAACAGAUUUAUCGUAUUUCUGAUACUAUAGACAAAAAUAUGGAACUGACUGAGAAAUCAAGUUUUCGUUGAGUAAAUCUGCAUUUGGCUGUUUACACUCAACAUGCUAUUCUGCGAAAGCUUGAUUUGGUAUUUUCAGCCCUAAAAUUACGACUAUUUUUUUUUUUGAAUGAA